GCGGUCUACGCUCUUUCUUAAUUCAGUCCAAUGAGAACUGCUCUUCGAUUCGUCACACCCGCCGACAAAUCUCUCUCUAUUAUCUGUUUUCCUCUCUCCCUCUCUGUCGCACCGUACCGCGAAAGAUCGCCGCCAAAUUUUGAAAAAGCGACGACGAGAAACGGGUAUUCUCCACCGCUCUCUUCCGACGCCGAUCCCCGAUCGAGCGAUCGAGCGAGCGAGCGAGCGAACGAUUGCGAUUGCGAUCGCGAUUGCGAUUCGCACGACGCAAGUACAUCGCGAUGCGUCGCAACGCGGUAACGUCGUAAAAGCGCGACGGGUGCAUCCUUCGCGGUGGAUGGGACACGCCGCGGCCGUACCCGCCGCCGUCGAGCAGGAAAAGGAUCCUCGCGGAAGACGGACGCCCGUCACUCCGCGAGUUUGUUUUCACGACGGUGCUUACUUAUGUGCUUGCGCGAGAGGCGCGAGAGGCGCGAGCGCGCUGCGUCGUAAACACGCUGUGACCCAAGUGCGCGAUUCCCGCACGAGCGAGGAACGGUUCAUCAACGUUGACGAACGUUGUUGACGAACGCGUGGAUCCAUUUACUUUGCGAUUGCGAAAAUCGUCAAGAUCUCCGCCGACUCGCCUUUGCGUGUUACUGCACAUAUACAGCAUCCUAUUCUGUGCCUCAACGAUCAUCCUCGCGAACACGAAGAGCGGCCGAAUUCUCGUACGUCGCGGCGGGCGAUUGGACGAUCCGCUGAAACCGUGAGAGAAAACGCUCCUUCCUAGAGGAUGCGAGGAAGGAUUUCUCCUCUUACCGAGGAAACAUGUCCCGCAGCGGUCGUCGCAACGCGCGAACCGGUUGCGCGCUCUUAAAAUAGUUUCUCACGCGCGUAGCUAACUGGCGCGCACCGUUGUCCCGCCGCUGGAACACGCCGUCGGAGUAGUGCCAGGAUGACGAGUUGGAGUGCAUUGUUUGUCGCGGCCGCCGUCGGGAUCCUGUUAUUGACGACCGCGACGAAACGCUCGGAAGCAUGCAACGAGGCGAUCUGCGCCAGUGUCGUGAGCAAGUGCAUGCUGACGCAAAGCUGCAAGUGCGACCUGGUCACCUGCACUUGUUGCAAAGACUGCUUCUCGUGCUUGAGCUAUCUGUACGACGAGUGCUGCUCGUGCGUAGAUUUAUGCCCGAAGCCGAAUAUCACCGACAAUCCGUUGAGCAGGAAAUCUCACGUGGAGGAAUUCAGCGAGCCAGUGCCAGCACUCUUCCAAGCACUCACGGCCGAAGCGGACCCGCACGAGAGAUGGCUCACCUUCACAUAUCCGGUAGACUUUGAUAUGACGGUGUUCGCGCCGAAACACGAGAACGAAAUGAAAUAUCAUAUACAGGCCGCGAACGAGGAGCCGCAUCCGUUGAAGCCGAACGUGAUGACGGUGAACUGCACGGUCGCGUUCAUGGCGCAAUGCAAUUCCUGGAACAAAUGUCGGGCAUCCUGCCAGAGCAUGGGCGCCACGAGCUACAGGUGGUUCCAUGACGGCUGUUGCGAGUGUAUAGGCGAUACGUGCAUCAACUACGGAAUCAACGAAUCGAGAUGCACGCUGUGCUCGCAGGGGGACAAGGAGGAGGAAGAUGACCUGAAGGACACGCAAACGGCGUAUGACGAUUAUGGUCAGGACGAAGACGAAGAUGUGCUGGGCGAAGACGUAGAGGAUUAGCCGUCGCGUUCGUCUCCGACGCUUUCCCUCGCCAUUCUUCCGUGCAAAAUAUACGCGACAAGAGGAAAAGUGUUUGCGUGCGAAAGACAUUCUGAUAAAAUUACGAUCGCGAGAUUAUUUGUUUUUGUAAAGAAGUCGUUUUAUCAUCGUGUAAAAGUGAGACUAUACUACAAUCUUGAUAUUUGGAGUUUUAUCUUUUGAGAAAUCGUCUAGUGUUUACGACUUCAUGAUAAUAAGUUAGUGAAUCUACGACUUAGAAUUACUUUGCAUGGGUGUUUCCCUUAUAAUCUGAUUCUCUGAACACAGCGAUUCGCUCGAAAAUGACUUUGAAUAAUCCGGAAAAUCGAUCGCAACUGUGACAAAAGUUGUAACUAAGUGUAAGCCUAAUUUUAGAAUGUUGUCUCUAAGGAAUUUUAACAAAUUUUUUAAUUUAAUACGCAAAGUCGCCAACUAUCGACUGUAUCGGGAAUAUACAGUCAUAGUAAUAAUCUAAAUAAUCUACGCGUGUCAAGCGCGAAUGCGACCAACCACAAGUCUUAUUUGUACAUGAC